UUCCGACGUCGGCGGUGGGUUGCAGGAAGAGUCCGCCUCCGCCCGCCGUCGGAAGCGUCGGAACUCGAGUGCGGGGUGUUGGUGACGUGUGUUCGUGAGCGUGGUCUGCUGGUGGUCUGUUGGUCGAAUAGCCCAGCCAUUUUCGGGUAGGCGAGAGUAAGAUCGGGUACCCCUCCGAGGGGUGAGUAGCCAAGAUCGGGUGCACCCGGUGGGAAUAGGGUCAGGGCCGCGUAGGGGCGGGCGUCGGCCAAUCAGAUGGCGCCAGGAGGGCGCUGCCGACUGUGUGAAACAAGUGUACCUGAUAAUGGCCGGAUUGGGGCCGGGUGUACCCGAUUUUGGCCAUUCCUGUUGGGAGAUGUGCCAGAACUCGAGGAGGUGGCACGGGCAACGAAAGGCCUCAAGAACUGGAAGGCACCCGGUCAUGACUCCCUCCCUGCCGAGUUGCUCAAGAUCGAUGACGACGAACCCUUCGUCCUGGGACACCUCCAUACCAUCCUCGUCAAGGUGUGGAACGGAGGAGAUAUCCCGCGAGAGCGGAAAGAUGCAACCAUCAAGGUGCUGUACAAGAAAGGUGACCGGUCCAACUGUAACAACUACAGGGGGGUUUCGCUACUAUCUCACGUAGGCAAGGUCCCCAUCAAGAUCAUCACCAACCGUCUAAGCGCCUUCUGCGAAGCCAACAACAUCCUCCCGGAGGAACAGUGCGGACUUCGACACGGGCGAUCCACCGUCGACAUGCUGUUCGUCGGGCGCCGCCUCCAGGAGCUGGGGCUGAGAAAGAAAAUACCGCUCUAA